UUCUUCACUGACAUUGACGUUUUGGUUUGUCAUGUGAAAGAUAACCUAACUUGUGCUAUUUAUUUUGAAAUAAAUAUUCUUUUUUAAUUAUGACAACAGUGUAAUUCUACUUUUAAAACCAGCGGCUUGUACUAACGCCACUCGAGAUGGGUGCUUUAGUGACAAAAGCUUUGAGACCCAUAAAAUCGUUCAAUAUAGAUAACCGCGCUGAGCGGGUUAUAUCCAAAGACAAACCUGUGCCGGCGCCGCUGUACCCUAAAAACCUCGAGGAUUUAAAAAGAGCAUUGGAGUCUGACCCUAAUCUGGACGAAAAACUUGAUAAGAAAGACCCAGAUUUGGAUGUACGACUACGCGAUGUUUAUGUAACCUCUCAUGGGCGUCCUGAGGACGACAUUACGCGGGAGAAACACGUUCAAAAUCCUGACAGACCGCUGCCUCAAGAUCGGGCGAUGACUCCUCAAUUCGAAUAUGGCUUUAAAGAGCCAGAACGGGCGAAGUAUGGACGUGUUACGCUUAGGGAUACUCUAAAUUUUAUAUCUGCACACCAAACUAAUCCGGAAGAAGUGACAGCAGCUAAAAUAGCUCUAGAAUACAAAUUAAAACAAGAUGAUGUUGAAAGCAUAUUAAAAUACUUCAAAUCCUAUGAGGUUUACAUACCCGAGACAAAGAAGUCACCAGCCAUUUUUGCCGGACCGUCUACCAUGCGGAAGGAAAUGGAGAAUAGCAUUGUCAAACAAAUAGAAAGUAAAGACAGUAGUGUAAAGGAAUUAGAUACAGAGAAAGCUUCUAAAACGGCCACUUAAGUGCAAUUUGUUGACUGCAAAUUUAGUUAGAGAUAUAAAUAUAAUCAAUUUUAAAUUGGUUUGCUGAACCAAUAUGUUACCAUAGUGCUUUACUUUCACAGCUAUUAGAACUUUUACGCCUUCAAAGUACAACCCCAGUGAACAAAAGUCACAAAAGAAUUUAUAAUAAACUGGGCGGGCAUAUUAACACUUCAUUGAAAACUUUGUUCUGUUUUGUUAAUUUUACAUGUUAAAUACAAAUUAUGAACACUUUUUAUUAUAUUGUGCAUAUCAAAAUAUCAAGUGAUAAAUAAACCAUACAAAACUAAAUUGUUUUAUAUUCUCUUAAAUGUAGUUAAAAUUGAGAUUUGUAAUCAAAAUUUUCACAAUUCCUCACAGUGACUUGAGGAUAUUUUACUUUGGAGUCUUAUUAAGCUGGUAAAUUUGUAUCAUACAUUGCAUGGUCUGUCAAGAAAGUGAAUAAAAUGAGGGUGCCAGUGGGUUUAUCAACCAAUCUUCAUCAUAUUUGGUAUUGCAAUGAUAAAAAGUAAUUGUUUUCUUCUUUCUUGACAUACAGACAGACUGUACACAUGUGUAAUUUAUAAUCGAGAAGCAUUUGUGUUGAUGAUGAUGUUCUAUACAAUUGUAGGUAGUUCCGUUUUAAAGGAACCUUGAAAGAAAUUAAUUGUUGAUUAUGGUGUAAAUAUUUUGUGUUGUGGAAAUAAAAAGUUUAUUUUUAUUGAACAUAGUACAUAGUAGUAGUAGUAAAAUGUUCAAUUUAGUUGUAGAAUAAAUUAUUAUUUAUUGAUAUUAUAUUAUGUCUCCUUUAUCACUUAUCUAUAAGAAGCCUCAUUAUCCGUCGUACAGACAACUGCAUGUCGAGUUACCCUGUCUUUGCUGUGAGCUUGCAAUGAAUUUUGUCGGUUGAUAUGCUAUUAACUGUACAUAGAUAGAAAGAAGAAUAUCAAUUUUAUAAAUAAUAUGCGAAAAUUCUUGUAUUAAUUUUAUUUAAUGUACUUAUUUUCAUGCAAUAAAGUUAUUACAAACA